AUGCAAAAAAAUAUUGAAAAUUGUUCGUUAGACGAGCGUUUGAAUGCUAUUAAAUCAGAGCUGAAAGAUCCAGAUGAGCGCCCUGGGGAAGCCCCCUCAACAAUUCGAAAACGUCGACCCGCUUUAAAUGGCGAAAAUUUAAAAGACAAGGAUGACAAAACACCCAAAAAACUAGUUGAUAAAAAUUUUUUAAAAAUAUUUGGAACAUUAGCAAUAUGUUUAAUUAUUUUACUAUUUGUCGUUAUCAAAAUGCGAUUUCAGCAAGAAAUUUCUCAAAAUAAAGGUUUUAUUUUUGAAAAUAUCGUAAAAUUAGUAGAUACUGGAUCAGAAGAAUUAUCAUCACUUGAAAUUCCAGAAACAAGUGAAAUGAGCAGUUAUCGUGUCAACAUUCGAGACCUCGGUAUUAAAAUGGAAAAAAGCGAUAUUAUAGUUAAAAAUGGAAAACGAAUUUCAGAAGUUCUUUUUGGGUUAGAUAAAGAAAUUCAAGUAACUGGUGACGAACUUGAAGAAUUUCGACAUCAAGCGAAAGGCUUUUUAUUUUCACUUGCAAGUGAGAUGAAAGCAAUCACGCAAGAAAUUGAAAAAUCGCAGUGGUUAGAAUAUGGUUUUUUCAAAUAUAUUAUUAAAUCAAAUAGCCACUCGUUGUCAGAUAGUUCAGUAGACUUUAUCUGUAAGCGACUCAGAGUGUUAGAAAAACAGAUACCCGGAUUUCAGGAACAGCUUAAGAAAGUUAUUACCACUAUUUAUUCAGUCCGUGAUAGUGCAGAUAAUACACAUGGGUACUUGAUUGAUGGAGAACGAGAAGCAGAAAAUUUUUUAAAACAAUACUGGCUAGGUAAUAUUGCUGAUCAUGUAACGCGAAAACGAACAGAGGAUGAGCUUUUACGAGUGCGAACUAUAAUUAAAAUGUUGAAAGAAAUAGCACCAAAUCUUAUAAAAUUUGAAAGCUUUUUAAAAGAGUACCGUCGUCAUAUACAAGACGUUGCCAAAGAAGUAAAAAAUAGUCCCACAACAGCAGAAGACUUAAAGUAUUUGAAACAAGCAGUCAUAGAUCUCGAAAAACAUCAUUCACGAUUCUCUUUAGCAGCAGAGAAACAAUCUAAAUCUAAAUCUUUGGAUGAUUUCAAUGUUAAAUAUCUUAACGAAAAGCAAAAUCUUGACGAAGAAGAAAUAAAAUUUUCUUCAGAGGAAUAUAAGCCCAUUGAUACUAAUGAAGAUGCUGAAGAA